AUAUAUUUCUUUUGUUUCUUUAUAGAAAACACUAUUGAUGCAACAACAACAGUGCAGCAAAAUGAGAUUACAGGAGAGAAUUUUGACAGCUUCAAAGAAGAAACAGAAAAGGGAGAUGUGGUUGAUACCAGUGAGACAUUACCCAUCAGCCAGCAUUGUUUACAAAAUACAACUGUUGAAGAUAUGUUAUCUCAGGCUAUAGAGAAAAGCAGAGCUGAUUUUCAGGGUGAUGUUGAAGUUCAUGUUCCUGCUGAAAUUCAAGCAAUACAACCUGUUGUAUUCAAUGAUUGCAAAUACAUUGAGGAUGAAGAACUGCUGCGUCUUUUAGAAGAAGAGGAAGCUCUAAAACUAGAGGAGGAGGAAUUAAUUGCUAUUGGUGAUGAGCUUCAUCAGAAAAUUGAGACAGAGCAGAGUGAAAUUGAACGACUACACCAAGAAAUUGUGGAGCUUAACUACUUAAGGCAGGAUUCUGAUUUAGAUGAAAUCAGCUGCAGUUCGGAGAGUAGCUCAGAAAGUGAAGAUGAGGAAGAAUUGCAAGAACAUCUGAACCAGUUAAUUCGUGACAAUGAACUGCUUGAGAAAAAGAAUACUGAAUUGUGUCAGAAGAUUCAUGAAGAGCGAAUGAUCUGUCUCGAUGUGAAAGUUCAAAUUCGACUGCUGCAACAGAAGCAACAAGAACCCUCCAACUCUGUUUCUUUAGGAGUGGGAAACAGUGGUUUAACUGGCUCUGUUGGAGCUAAUACAGAAAAUAGUGGAUCACUUGGUCUUGGGAGGUCAUUUGAUAAAGAAGCCACAAGUUUGUGAGGUGAAACAAUAACAAUAAAGUAAAUGAUGAUGACAACAACUACAAAAUGGCUUAAAAUAAAUGGUUGGCAGGGGGUAAGAAUGUGAAAAUAGAAUAAUAACAAAGAAACAAACUAGCAACAUAAAAACAAUUACAAUUUGCAAAGCAAAGUGCCUGCUCAUGAAAGGGACAGAAAUGCAGCUUGGGUUGUUCGAUGGGUGAUGGUUCAAGGCUUUAUCUUUGGCAAAACAAAAAUGGAUAUUUUUUAUUGGAGUUCUUAUUAAAAAAAUGUGCUGUUUUGGGACAUUCUUGGUCUCCUGCUUCAGAUGAUUUGUUUAGCAUUUGUCUGUUUCACUCCUUGGCCUUUCCUACACAAAGAGGGAAUGCAAUGAAGGGUGUGAUUUAAAAUUUUAAAACUGAACAGAAGAUGAAAGGACGAAGUAACACAUAUGCAAAUACAUACACAUAUUACAUAUAAUUAUACAUAGAAAACAUAUCUACUUAUAAAUGCAUGACAUAUGACAAUAAUUGUAAUUUAAUAUAUUUUGUAAAAUGAA